AAAAACGUUUUGCACGUUGUUUUCUUAUGCAAGAUUACAAAAAAUACACAGGUCUAUAUAUAUAUAGGGGUGUAAACUGAGCUAGUUAAUAUAAUCUGUUGGAAAAUGACAUCGAACGGUAGCAUAAGUAAAGCAGAAUACGAAAGAAUCUCACUGACAAUACAAAAACAGGAGAAAGAAGCCGCGGAACUGAAGAAAGAACUGGAAGCAUUAGAGAAUGGAAGUUAUGUUUUAAAGGAAGAAGAAAUGAGCGAAAAAAGCUUGAAACUGAUGGCUAGCAAUGCAAAGUUGGCGUACCAGGCUACACACUUACAAAGGGCAUUAGAUGCUGAAGUAUCACAGCAACGAGUGCCAGAGUUCACCCAGCAAACCACAAACUUCAACGACGGGAUGGUAAACAUCAACCAAAGGUUGACAGAAAUAUUUCUUCACUCAAUAUCUGCAAGUUUCCCUGGUUUGAAGGGGAAACUCCCUGUUUCGAUAACUUUGAACCAAAAUGAGAAGUUUGGAGAUUAUCAAUGUAACAGUGCAAUGCCAAUAUCUGGGGUUCUAAAAGCCCAGGGAACGAAAAUGGCUCCACGUCAAAUUGCGGAAUUAAUUUUAAAGAACCUUCCCUCAUCUGAUCUAAUAGAUAGUUGCAACAUUGCGGGACCAGGAUUUAUAAAUAUUCGAUUAAAUGUUUCUUUCCUGAAGAGGGCGCUGUCUGAUGUUUUAGUCCAUGGGGUGCGGACACAUCAUUCUAAAGGAGAAUGUGGGAAGGUAGUGAUCGAUUAUUCUUCACCAAACAUCGCAAAAGAAAUGCACGUCGGCCAUUUACGAUCCACCAUUAUUGGUGAUUGCAUCGCUAAUCUCUUUGAAUACUUUGGUCACGAAGUACUUAGAGUUAACCAUGUAGGGGAUUGGGGAACCCAGUUUGGGAUGCUGAUCGCUCAUCUUACUGAUAUGUUUCCUAAUUAUAAAGAGGAGUCCCCGCCUAUUGGUGAUCUGCAGGCUUUCUACAAACAAUCAAAGAAAAGAUUUGACGAUGAUCCCGAGUUUAAGAAACGAGCGUAUAGUUGCGUGGUGAAGCUACAAAGUGGUGACCCUGACUUUAUUAAUGCUUGGAAACUUAUAUGUGAUGUUUCAAGGAAGGAGUUUCAAGUCAUCUAUGAUAGACUGGGGAUCGUUAAUUUGAUUGAGCGAGGAGAAUCUUUUUACCAUAACCUCAUGCCUCCCGUUAUUGCAGAGAUAGAGAAACAAGGCUAUGUUGUGGUCGAAGACGGAAGGAAACUUGUUUUUCCGGAAGGUUCCCAGUUUCCCCUCACGAUAGUGAAGUCAGAUGGUGGAUUCACUUACGAUACGAGUGACUUAGCUUGUAUAAAACAACGUAUAUUUGAUGAAAGUGGAGCCAACCUCAUCUAUGUGACGGAUGCAGGGCAAGCUGCUCACUUCAAAGCUAUAUAUUCUGUGGCUAGAAAGAUGGGUUGGUAUGACCCACAAGUUACAAGGGUAGAACAUGUUGCAUUCGGGGUCGUACUGGGGGAAGAUAGGAAGAAAUUUAAGACACGAUCUGGUGAAACUGUAAGAUUAGCGGCGUUGCUGGAUGAAGGGCGGAAGAGGUGUGAGGAGAAACUUAAAGAGAAAGGAAGAGAUAAAGAACUUACUCCAGAGGAGUUUAAAGCUGCUCAGGAAGCUGUAGCAUAUGGUUGCAUCAAGUAUGCAGAUCUAUCUCAUAACAGAAUCAAUGAUUAUGUUUUCUCCUUUGAUAAAAUGCUUGAAGAUCGAGGCAACACUGCAGCUUAUCUACUUUAUGCUUACACAAGGAUAAAGUCCAUAGCUCGUGUUGCAAAAGUAAGUCGGGAAGAAUUAAAAGAAGCUGCGUCAUCUUUCUAUGAUGAUGAUGGCUUACCACUAGAGCACGCUAAAGAGCUAAAACUUGCUCGCUUCAUAACUCGGUUCCCUGAAGUUUUACAACGAGUAUGCGAUGACCUCGCCCCGCACACGCUGUGUGAUUACCUCUAUGAGUUGGCUACCGUGUACACAGAGUUCUAUGAUGUUUGCUACUGUGUAGAGAAAGAUAGAAAAACAGGUGACGUCGUCAAGAUACACAAACAUCGACUUUUGCUUUGUGACGCAACAGUCGCCGUCAUGGAUCAAUGCUUUAAAAUUUUAGGCAUAAAACCCGUGCAUAAAAUGUAACCAAAGUUCCUGUUGGACAAAAUUAAAUACAAGUUGCAUUACAUUUUUGGUAGCGGGCUUCGUCACCAUAGGUUUAAUGACAUCACACUUUCUUUUAUGGCGUAAUAGAGGAUUUAAAUACGGAUUGGUAAUGUGAAUUUAAUGGGAAACAUUUACGCUCAAGUUUCAAAUGUUAAUUAUUAUCAAUAUGUCAGACAUUUAUCCAUUACUACGUGUUGUUGCGCGCAGAUGCUCAAUUUUUUGGUGCGGAAAUAAAUGAGAAUAUACAUGUA